AUGGGUGAUGUGCCCAUGUUUACAAGCAGCGGCCCGUUGCAUACAGUACAGUCCAGUCCCCAUCACAAUCAAACAACGGGAUCUCUUUCGAAUCACCCGCGGGCCGGAGCGUCGAACCCGUCCAUCCUUCUCGCUUGCCCUGGCCUCGAGGAGCGAAUUGCUCAGGCUCUCUCGACACAAGGGAGCUGCGCCGUCACACCUGGAACCGCCGCUGCCAGGCCCUUGUGCGAGUUCAGGGCAUGUUUCCCGUCCGAUGUACGAGACACAAAAGCCCUGGUACUACCCUAUUCUGUGUGCGACGUCGUACAGCGGCUCGUGAACGAGUUCAACGACAUGUGUACGCUCAGGUCGCCCAUAACGGCGGCGGCCUGCAAUGCGAAAUGCAAAUCAUCUGCAGCAGAGUGA